AAAUUUAGGUGACGUAAACCAGGAAGCUAUCAACUAAUAACAUAUGACGUCGUUACAUACGUGUAAGUCGAACAUUCUCGUUGAUGACUUUUUCCGACCAAACCAACUCCCACUUGAAACUAAACAAAAUCAAAACUUAGUUGAACGUCUUCAUUUGACUCCGCCACCUUCAGUUCCCUCAAACCGGUUUACUAGCAUCGAUUAAGAUAAUAUUAAACCAGACCGAAGUCUUUCUGUUGCACAAGAGUCUUCUUCUUCUACUCUUGCUGACCUUUGCCAAAUGUGAACGUGACUAAGACCAAUAGAUGUUUCUAUUGGAAUCAUUCACCAUUUAUAUUCUUACAAAAAAAAAUUAUAUAAUCUAGAAAAAAAUUUGGCAGACACGCAAACGAUUCCCAACGACCCCUCACCCGCCAACACAAAACGCAAACGCAGUAGCUUGACCUCAAUUAUAUCUUCUUAUAUUUAAAAAACCAUCUUCAAACGGCUUUACCUGUUUUUAGCUUUCGAUCUCUCUCUUUUUCUAAAUUCUCUCCUAAAAUCCUAAUUAUUACCCCUCUCAUUUGUUUCUUUUGCUUCUUUUUUUUUCUUUUUUGGGUGGCUACCUAUAAUCCGAAAACCACCAUGAGGUUUUGUGUUUUCGGGUUUUUAUCGCUUUUCUUGAUUGUUUCUCCUGCCUCCGCUUGGUUCUUCCCCAACAACUCCACCACAAUACCACCGUCUCUACGUAACACCACACGCGUUUUCUGGGACGCUUUCUCCCAUUUCACCGGUUGUCACCACGGCCAAAACGUCGAUGGUCUCUACCGUAUCAAGAAAUACUUCCAGCGUUUUGGUUACAUCCCUGAAACGUUUUCAGGGAAUUUCACGGAUGAUUUUGAUGAUAUUCUCAAAGCCGCCGUCGAAUUGUACCAGAGGAAUUUCAGGCUUAACGUUACAGGUGAGCUCGACGCGCUCACCAUCAAACACAUCGUGAUCCCGCGUUGUGGUAAUCCUGAUGUGGUGAACGGUACCUCGUUGAUGCAUAGCGGGAGAAGAAAGACCUUCGAGGUCAACUUCUCCCGCACGCAUUUGCACGCGGUUAAACGCUACACGUUGUUUCCAGGCGAGCCACGGUGGCGGAAAGACCGCCGUGACUUGACCUACGCGUUCGACCCGAGAAACCCGUUGACCGAAGAGGUCAAGGGCGUUUUCGCACGCGCGUUUGGCCGUUGGUCCGACGUGACAGCUUUGAAUUUCACGCGCUCUGAAUCUUUCUCGACGUCCGACAUCACGAUCGGAUUCUACACCGGAGAUCACGGAGACGGGGAGCCUUUCGACGGCGUGUUAGGAACAUUAGCUCACGCUUUCUCUCCUCCGAGUGGGAAGUUCCACCUCGACGCAGACGAGAACUGGGUGGUCUCCGGAGACCUAGACAGUUUCCUCUCGGUCACGGCGGCGGUUGAUCUUGAAUCCGUGGCGGUUCACGAGAUCGGUCAUCUUCUCGGUUUAGGACAUUCCUCGGUUGAGGAAUCCAUCAUGUAUCCGACGAUCACAACGGGGAGACGUAAGGUUGACUUAACAAAUGAUGACGUGGAAGGAAUCCAGUACUUAUACGGUGCGAACCCUAACUUCAACGGCACGUCACCACCGUCUACAACCACUCGCCAACGAGACACUGGUUCCUUCUUCGGUGCUGCUUGGCGAAUCAACGGUUCAUUGAGAUCCACAAUUUUCAGUAUCUUGUUAUCAACCAUCGGACUGGUCUUGUGGUUACCUUAGAUAAUUUUUUUUUUUUUUUAUUAGUCUCACAUCUUAAUUCUUUUUUUUAAAUUUAAGGAUGGGGAUAUAUACACAUAUACUCAGACAUUGGUUCAUUUUUACAGUUUUUCUUUUCGCAUAUACUUCUUGUAUAUAAAAUUGCUUUAUGUCCUAUACCAAUAUGUUUGACUUCGUGUUAUACAAUUUCUAGACUUUGGUGAUUAA